CAAUAUUCCCAUCUUGAAGAAGAGAUUAGCUGCAAUACACAUAGAAGUGAUUAAUCACUUGAAGAAGAGAUGAUUGACGGUACGGUGACUUUUAUACUAGAAAACCUCAAGGAGUUGAUUGCUUCCAAUAGUAAGCAGAUUUCUGAAGUGAAUGAUAAAGUGAAAUCUCUGAGCAAUGAUCUCGAUUUUUUCAAAGGCUUCAUCAAAGAUGCCACAGACAACCCGAUCAAGUAUGAGAACAUGAAAGAAUUGGAGAAACAAAUAAGAGACGCAGUAUUCAAAGCAGAAGACAUUGUGGAUCAAUAUGUUAUUGAGGCAACUCAGUACAAAUCUAGUAGUGUGUUUAAGAAAAUAAAGCAUCCAUUGGAUCAUCCCACAAAGCUUUUAAAUUUGGCGCAAGAGAUUGAGCCCAUGAAGGCGACGGUGAAUAUGAUAUAUGAGAGGAAGAUGUUUGGCGCUGGGGCCAGGCAAGAUGGGGAGGGAUCUAACACUGGCAAAAAACCCAAGGUACCCAUCGUAGAGGAAGACCAUGUGGUGGGCUUUGAUGACGACGCAAAGUAUAUUAUCAAUCUUCUUACUGGAGAAUCUGAAGAUCUAGAAAUUCUAUCUAUAGUUGGUAUGCCGGGUAUUGGUAAGACAACACUAGCUAAAAUGAUAUUUUGUGAUCCUAUAAUAGAAUUCGAGUUUUACAGACGUGCAUGGGUUUAUUGUUCUCAAGAUUGUAAUAGAAAGGAAGUUUUCCUUGCAAUUCUGGAUCAAAUCACCAAAGUCACUGAUGAGAUGCGUAACAUGACCGAAGAAAAUUUAGCUCAAAAAAUUAGUGGAUCUUUGGAGAAAGACAAGUAUUUGAUUGUUUUGGAUGAUGUGUGGAAAUCAUAUGAUUGGUAUAAUCUCCGAGUUGCUUUUCCUAAGAACAAAAAGAAAAGUAGAAUAUUAUUGACUAGUCGAUACACGUCUCUGGGCAGGAUUGCCAACCGCAAAUUAAAACCCCAUGAUUUGCGUUUUCUAGAUGUCGAUGAGAGUUGGAAGUUACUUCAAAGGAAAGCACUUGGCUUGGAGGAAUGCCCACGGGAGUUGAUAAAACUUGGAAAGCAAAUAGCUGCUGAAUGUCAUGGACUACCACUCGCGCUAGUGGUGAUCGGAGGAAUUCUACUAGAAAAAGGUACUGAGAGAUAUAUCUGGGAAGAUGUUUCCAAAAAUGUGAAGAAAUAUAUGGAUGAAAUGGAUCCUGGGAAGAGAAUAUACAAUUUUAUAUCUUGGAGUUUUAAUCACCUGCCUUAUCACCUGAAAGCGUGUUUUAUGUACUUUGGGAUGCUUCCCGAAGACCAUCGUAUCUCGGCAAAGAAACUAAUUCGCUUGUGGAUUGCCGAAGGAUUCCUACAACAAAAGGGGGAGAUAAAAUUGGAGAAUAUUGCAGAGGACUAUCUAGAAGAUCUUGUAAACAGGAAUUUAGUCAUGGUUGAAAAAUGGAGGUCAAGUGGCAAAAUUAAAACUUGCUAUGUUCAUGACGUGAUACAUGAGUUUUGCAAGAAGAAAGCAAUUGAUGAAAAUUUUCAUCACGAAAUCAAACGGUCCGAUUAUUUGUCUUCCAACGGAGCCUUCAAAAUGUACCGUCGCCUGUCUAUUCCGCCUCAAUUUCUGAACAAUAUAUCUCUGAAACAGUUUGGUUCACAUGUUCGGUCUUUCUUGUGUCUCUCCAAUGACGAAAUUACCUUGACACUUGCAAAAAUUUCUUCCAUCCCCAAAACAUUUAAAUUGCUCAGGGUAUUAGAUGGUGAGCCCAUACGUUUCACUCGUUUUCCUGCUGACCUAGGUCAAGCGGUUCAUUUGAGGUACCUUGUUCUCUCCAUCCAAUUCAAGAUCCUUCCUAAAUGCAUUACCAACCUUUGGAACAUGCAAACUCUUAUAGUCAAGACGUCAUCAAAUGUCCUUGAAAUCAGAGGAGAUAUAUUGAAAAUGGUUCGACUGAGACAUCUAGAAACAAAUGCAUCCACGUCUUUUUCGAAAUCUUUCCCUAGAAAAAGAAACAAUGAAGAAGGUUAUUUGAUUAACCUAAGAACACUUUCAAUUGUGUCACCUGAAACUUGUGCGGAAGCUGUCUUUGACAGGGCUCCUAACCUAAGUAAGUUGGGUAUUCGUGGUCGAUUGGCUAAACUCUUUGAGGUCAAGGGUGGAUCAUGUUUGUUUGACAAUGUGAAAAAGUUGAAUUCCCUUGAAAAUUUGAAGCUAUUGAAUGAUGUGCAUGAUUCUCAAGGCAAAAUAGUUAGCCCUCCAGAAAAAUUUCCUCCAAACCUAAAGAUGCUAACGCUCAAUGGCACUGAGCUUGAUUGGAAGUACAUGUCUACACUGGGAAUGUUAGAAAAUCUUGAGAUUCUCAAGUUGAAAGAAAAUGCAUUCAAGGGGGAGUGCUGGGAGCCAAAGAAUGGAGGUUUUCCUUCUCUUAAAUUCUUGUAUAUUGGAAGGACAGAUUUAGUUAAUUGGGUUGCUUCUGAUACUCACUUCCCAAGUCUCAAGAGUGUUCAUCUUAAACACUGCACGAACCUCAAUACAGUCCCAAUCGGCCUCUCAAAUAUUGCAACCCUCCAGACAAUGGACUUGUACUGGACCAACGAAUCAGCAGCUACUUCUGCCAAGAAAAUUCAAAGCAAAAAAAACGAAGUUCCGACAAGAAGAAAAGGCAUGGGAUUUAAACUUUCCAUUUAUCCUCCUGAUCAUGCUAAAUGAUGAUUUCCAUUUGUUCAAUCUCUGAAUUCUACAUUCCCAGACAGAUGAUUCAUCGAACAACAAUGCCAAGGAUGAUGACGAAGUAUAGAUGCAUGGAGUGAUGGCAGUCUUAUUUCACUUGCUUGAAUGAAAGAUACUACUGAGUUUCAUAUUAUGUUCAACUUUAGAAAAAUUGGAUCUGAUUUUAUUCAAAUGUGUUGAACUUUUAUCCUUUUAUUUAUUUAUGUGGCGUGCCUAGUAAGAACAUUGGAUUUGA